CUGACCCCGGGGCAGGUCCAGCCCCUGCCCUGCACCCCCUGGGCCAGAUCCUGCUCCCUGCUGCUGCAGGAGGGACGCCGCCGGCGCUGCUCAGCCCCUCCAACAGCACCUCGGGGUGAGACCUGCAGGCUUCGCCGGGACGUGGGGUGCGCCCGGAUCUCCUGUCUUUGCUUUCUGCCUGAUGCUCACGUGCAGUGGGAGAAGGAACCAGGUGUUAGAGCUGCUCGUCUGGAGGCAUCGAGCCAUUGGGGAAAAGUCAGCUCAGCUCUGGACCCCUGCAUCCCCUUGUGCACAACAUUGGAGGGGAAAAAAAUAAAUUAGGAGGAAGACCAACACUGGAAGUGUUUUACUCUCCCCGGUUCCCGUGUUUCUUUGGGGGUGCAGCCUCCAGGUCACCGUGCGCCCCACGAAGGGCACCAGCACCCUCUGGCCCCGGUGCCACUGCGUCGGCUUCAUCCCAUCCCAUCCCUCCUCAACCUCACGGAGCACCCUCCCGGCAUCACCACGCGGGUGCCUCUCUGCUGCGGGUCCUUCUGCCAGGUGUGUGUGCGGCUGCGAGGACUUUUUUGGGGUUUUCACCCAGGUUUGGUGAAUUUAGGUCACCCAUGAGGCUGGGGCUCAGUGCUGAGCCAGCUUCUGCCAGGCUGCAUCCCUGGGUGGAAAUACUUCUGGUUUUGCUCCUUUCUGUAGGUGUUGAGGAAGCUAAAGCCAUCCUGCAGCAAAGCACGUCCUCCCAGACUCCAGCCCUAAACUGCGGUGUUUUUGGGGUCCCACCUGGCUGGGUAGAGAAAAAGGCUUUGGAGCUGCUCCCAGCGUGGCUCUCCCCAUCCCAGGAGCCUGGGGGACUUGAUACUGGUGGGUCUGGUGUCCCCCUGGAGGAUGGGGAGACUCCUCUGGGGAAAAUCCUUCCCCGUGGGCAUCGAAGGGCACCCGGGUGGCGACGCCGGGGCUUGCCCCAGACGUGGGGCUUCACCGACAGUUGCGGUGCCGGGGGGCGAGGGGGCUGGAGCCCACGGCCCGGGGGCUGUUGUUAUUCCUCUCGUGUAGCAGGCAGGAUUUCUGCGAGUGCCAUAAACCCAUCACGUGGGCAGAGCCUGGGUGAGCUCUAAUUGCUUCUAUUUGCAUAAUGAGGCGAGGCUCAGCAUCCUGCUGAUAUUUGAAAGGAGAAAAUCAAAAUCAGCUCGAGAUAAACAACCUACCCCCGCUCCUAAUUUGAUCAUUCCGCCCCCCCCCCCUCCCCCCAAAGCUGGAUGCAGGUUUUUGGUUUGUUUUUCCAGCUCUUUAGCCCCCCAGAAGCCUCCUGUUGCCCACUGCCCCAUCUCUCUGGGGACCACGACCACCAGCAUCCCUUGGCUCUGCCACCACCCCUCUGCUCUCUGCAGCAGCCCCGUGCUGGCGGCGGGGUGCUGCGGGCACCCAGCUUCCCCAGGUGGCUCCCGGUGCGCUGAGGGUUUGGUUUUACCCCCGUGAUGAUGCCGUCCUGGCUGGGAAAUGGCUUGCAGGUGGCAACAAGGCUGUUGGGGUGCUGGGGAGCCAGGUUUGGGGCACGUCGGGGCUGUCGGGGCUGGGUGUCCCCCGUUUUCCCAGGGUGAAGGGCCUGGCACUGUGCGGUGCCGGAGGGUCUGCGCCGAGCGGGUUUGGUGGGGAGUUCCUGAGCGAGAGCCCAGCAGAUGUCACUACAGCCUGUGCAAUGGGGACAGGAGGGCUGCUGGGGACACGUCCCGCCUGGGGGACACGGGCCGGCCGGGGCGCAGCACCACUCGCACACCCCGCGCUGCUCCCCAGCUUCGUGUGCGCUGCUCCGGACCCCGUGCGAGCCCCCAGCGGUGGCAGAAAGGGCUCUGCUUGCACCCCUGCUGCUGCUGCUGGCUCCUUCCUCGGGGCCUCGGAGCUCCUGGAGGAAGGGCUGAUGUCCCCUGGCUGGGCUGUGACACCAGCCUGCGCCCCCCAUCCUUGGGACAUCCUCACAAUCCCCUUGCCCCCCCCCCCCCCCCCCCCCCCCCCCCGGGCGCUGUCCUUCCGUGUGGCCGCAUCCGGGCAUCCCCUGGGUGCUGGGGCAUCGCCGAGGGCUGCUGGCCUUGGAGGGCUGCUCCUCGAGGGUCCUCAGCCCCGGCGCGCAGUGACAGGGUCCAGGCAGUCGAAGCUCCCACACUCGGAGGACGGCGCAAGGUUAAAAGGAUGCGGGCGAGAGCAGAAAUCCCUGCUGCGGGUCUGGUAAGGUGCGGGGAGGCGAUGAGGGGCUCCCAGCCCCGUCUGCAGCUUGGGGGUGUCCCCGUGAUGCGGUCGGGGUCUGUGGGAUGGGGCUGGGGGGGUCCCAUGGGCACCAUAACCGGGUGGUUUGGGGGCGACCUCCUCCUCUGGGUGGGCCUGGAGGUGUCGGGGGGGAAAGCACAGAAUUAGAAAAUCACAGAAUCAUAAAAUCCUAGAACAUCCGGAGCUGGAAGGGACUGUCCGUGCAGGAGCAGGUCUUGCUGCCCCCAUCAUCCCUGUCCUUGCCCCCAGCUCCUUCUUGCUGUGCUCUGGUCACCUCCCGUAAGCUCAGGUGGGAUCAGGGCUGGGUAAGGGGCUGAGCUCUCUGGAAGCUGAAGCCAAGGCGAGCAACCUGUGGCUGUGCUGGGGGCUGGGGGGCUGUUAGCCACGAGCAGUGAGGAUGCAGGGGCUGGGUUUUAUUGCUGCCAGGAGGGACAGAGCUCCCCCAAACCAUCUUGGUGCAGCAGGGAUGGGUCUCGGCAUCCUCCUGCCAUCACUACCCAGGGCUCCAGGGCAGCAAAACAAAUCCCUAAAUGGCUCCAGGCACGGGGGGUGCCCCGCAUCCAUCCUGCCCCAGCAGCACAUUUUGUUCUUUCCCCCUCUUCCCACGAAGGAGAAGCUCCCAUCCUCGCCGCUCUGCUGGGUCUGCAGCGCCUGGGGGCCGCCUGCAGCCUCGUCACCGCCGCGUCACGUCGGGCAUUUGUGGCUAAUUUUUAUUAUCCCUUCCCAGGUUUGUCCCUGUCACUGCUGCCGGCCCGGCUCUCCAGCAGGUUCGCUCCGCGGAGCGCUGCAGGUGAGAUAAAAACCAUCACAGUGGAAAGGGCUUGCUCCAAGGGCGGCCCACAUCCCGCUGGCUGCACUGCCACGACCUUCCUCUGGUGCUGAGGGGGACUCCUGCAAAUUAAUAGCGCUGGUGCCAUGGGGAGUGCCUGGCAGCCCUGGGGGUUUCGGGACGAGCCGGAGGUGCAGGGCAGAUGUGGAGAAGCCCCGAGGCCACGGAUGCCUCCCCACGCUGCUGAGGGCCGGAGACCCUCGAUAAUGGUUGGGGUUUUCCACUGAAGCCUUCCCAGCGUGACCCCAAACCACUUUUCCUGCCUCCUCCUGGGGAGGAGAACGGAUCCACGCAGCGAAGCUCACGGGGCCCUGCCGAGCAUCCUCCCCCCGACCCCGGGGGCUUCUCCUUUGGGGACCCCGGGGCAGGGGAGCGGGUCCGGCCGAGCCCACCCGCGGGACGCAGCGGCUCGGCUCUCCCCACCGUGCAUCAGAACAGUGAUCUCGCUGUGGGUUGCUCUGUGUUCCCUUCCCCAGAAAACAUCGGGUCCUAUGAUAACCGGGUUGGACUCUUGGAAAAAGCAGUUUGCCCAGGGCAGCUGCUGUUCCUGCGCGGGAUGGGCUUGUUCCCAGCCGUGUCCCUGCCGUCACCGGCCACUGCUGGCCACUGCAAAGCCGCUCUGGCCCUGGGUGAUGCCAGGAAUGAAGGUUUUCUGCCACAUUUUGCACUCCCUAAUGCUUUCCUGGUCUUGCCGUAGCAAUGUGCCACCCCAAAACCUCACCAGCUGCCCCAUGGAAAGAGCUGCCUGCGGUGGGACCUCAGCCCCAGCUUAUAGGAAACAUGUGUCCCGAGGAUUAACAGCCGUGUAAAAGAUAAAGCAGCGAGUCAAACCUCCAGCCAGCAUGUUUCAAAUAACCCGCUGCUGCCGCAACGUGUAGUCACCGGGGCAAUAAGGAACGGGCUGGGGAAGGUCCCAAUUUCUCCCCCGUCGAGGCAAACGCUUCGGCUAAUUAGCAAAACGUGUCGAAGAAAAUGAUUGAUGUCCCGGGAGGAGAUUUCGCUGCCUUUGUGCUGGCAUGGACUGACUUCUGCUCUUAAAGGGUGUGAGCAGCCCCGGCCGGGAUCUGCGCUCCUCUCCAGCCAUCCGCGGGUGGUGCGUGCCAGCCCCCCCGUCCUGCCCGGCUGGGUUCUUUAUUUUUUCUUUCUUUAUUUUUGCCGGAUUUUGGAAGAAAAAAAAAGCUUUUCAUUGGGUAAAAGAUGAGAAAAAAACAAAACCAAAAACACAACCCCCACAACCAAAUAAGCCAGCACUGCUCCAUCAAACACCCAGGGAUCCUUUGCCCGCUUCCCGGGGCUCUCCCUAUGGGACCCCCCCCCACCGGGAUGUAGUGAGGAUGGGGGGGGGGGGGUCGCAUGCUCCCCCCCCCCCCCCAUUUCUCCCGGUAUUGGGAUGCCUCGCGCCAGGGACCCCUUUUUUUGCCUUCAAAUCCCACCCGUGCCGUGCCACCCCCCAGGGGGCUUUAUUUGAGGGGGGGGAGAACCCCUGCUCUGCUUUGGUGAUGUGGGGGAGGAAAGGAGCCCCCCCCUCCCCCUUUUAGCCCCCCAAUGUUUUGCCCCCCCCAAACCUUGUCAGCCUCCCAAAAGGAAGGCAAGGGAGAUGUAUGGGGGUAUGGGGGGGGGACGCUUUCCUUUGCCUCCCAGGCUGGUCCCCUCCAUUGCCCCCCCCCCCCCAAUCCUAGCUGCCUUCCCGGGGGGGCACCGCAGGGCUCUACCGCCUCCUGCCCGCUCCCCUCCGCCUGCUUGGGGAUGGGGGGGGGGGACAAGGGGGGGGGGGGAGGA